AUGGACUCCGGAUCAAUCAAGGCCCAGGUCAUCAAGGAAGUCAAGACCCAAUACGCCGUGGAAAAUGCAAGACUGCUAGUCGAGAAAGUCAACGAGCACUGCUUCGAGAAGUGCGUGCCUAAGCCGGGCCCCUCGUUAUCGAACAGCGAGUCGACCUGCUUCACGCAGUGCAUGGAGAAGUACAUGUCGGCAUGGAACCAAGUCAGCUCGACCUACGUCGACAGGUUACGACGGGAACAAUGA